CUAGUGCCCGGGUUCGGGCAUGCCCUUGGGCAUGAACAACCGCCACACUUUUGGUUGAAUAUUUUUAGGUUUGACGGCAAUCUUCUUUCCAGCUGUUAUACGAAUGUCCGCUAUUGCCCAGAAAAUUCUUGUCGUGGGUGGUAAUGGGUUCGUCGGUUCUGCGGUGUGCAAGGCUGCUCUUGCGCGGGGUAUGGGAGGUCACCAUUCAUCUGGGAAGCCUUACCGCACCCCAAAAGGCCAUACCCCAGACUGGGCAGAGAAGGUCCUCGUGCACACCAUAGGCACCCUCCUUGAUAAUACACAACGUAAUAAACUGUUCCAUGAUAAGGACUUCGUGGGCUUGCUCAAGUCCAUUACGGGCAUCAGCCCCGGAGCCUACGAAAAACUUAAUCGUGAUACUGCCAUCCGUAUGUGUGAGGCGUUCACUGCCAGUAAACCCACCCAAGGAAUUACGCAAUGUUCGACCGACUUUCACAGGCCUAUUAUAUCCGUGCGAUACAUGGAGACCAAACUGGAGGCCGAGAAGAAAAUCGAUGAGAUCAUGAAAGAUCAUCCACAGUAUCGAGCAGUACACGUUCGGCCUUCUAUGAUAUAUGACCCCGAGACUAGGCCGAUGACCAUCCCGGUCAACCUCUUUACCUUCUCGGCGUGGAUGCACGCAGCUAUGCCGUCCUUCGUGCCGAUGCCAGCAUCCAUUGUCCGCUGGCUCGGCACGAGCGUGUUCCCAAAGGCGACUGAGCAGACACCUUCUGCGUUGGUAUCUAUGGCUACCUUGCUGAGCGUCCCACCAAUUUCUGUCGACCACUUGGCCGAAGCUAUCUGCGUUUCCUUGGAUCCUGCUAAAAACAUUAGGGGACCCGUUGGCGUACGUGCUAUGAGGGAGCUGAUUGGAUGGUCCAAAGGGGGACCUACGGUUACCCCUAAUUCGUCGAGCUCUUAAUUGUUUGCUGAUGGUAGAACAUUGUUCACUGCCUCAUCUAAAUGAAAACUUCCACUGUCAAGAAUCCUGUCAUAUUAGUUGCUGGUCGGCGAGUAGGCUCGGAUGACAUGAAUAUAUCCUGAAUUAACAUCAUGCCUGUAUGCUCGGAUCAGCAGAAUUGCAGAAUUGAGUGUGCCAGUAGUAAUACCCACCGCCUCAAAG